UUCCCGGCGCGGCGGGCGAUCCCGCCCCGUGCCCGCCCCUUCCUGCCCGGCCCGCGGGCGGCGGGAAGCGCCGGGCCCGUCCCAUGGAGCCGCGGCUGUUCGCCUGGGGUGCAAACAGCUAUGGACAACUUGGUCUUGGUCAUAAAGAGGAUGUGCUGGUUCCUCAGGCCCUGCAAGAUGUUUCCUGCAAAUGUCAAGACAUAGCAAGCAUUGCUGGAGGAGGGGGACAUUCUGCAGUUAUAACUGGUGCAGGACAACUCUUUGUAUGUGGCCACAACAAAGAUGGGCAGUUGGGAUUGAAUCACACAGAAGAUGUGCUGAGUUUUACUUUGUGCACUGCCCUGUCUGGCUUUUGUGUAAAACAAGUUGCAUGUGGCUGGGAUUUUACAAUCAUAUUAGUAGGAUCUGGCCUAGUGCUGUCCUGUGGGUCAAACUCUUUUGGACAACUGGGACUUCCUCAAAUUUCAGGCCCGUGCUUGAUUCCACAAAAGAUUGAGUCUCUCAAAGAGAAGGUGGUGAGUGUUGCUGCAGGACUGAGACAUGCCCUUGCUGCUACAGACAGAGGUUUGGUGCUGCAGUGGGGAACUGGGAUGGCAUCUCAGGCAAAGCGUGCCAGCCAAGGAAAAGCCCUCCCUCUGUUCUUGACAGCAAAGGAGCCCUGGGAAGUGGCAGGCCUGGAAGAUGUAAAGGUGAAGGCAGUUGCUGCAGGCUCCUAUCAUUCGGUGUCCCUCACAGAUGAAGGACAUCUGUAUGUCUGGGGCAGCAACAAACAUGGGCAGCUGGUGAGCAGGAGCAUCUUUCUUGCUGAGCCCAAGAAGAUUGACACUCUGUGUUUCUCACAUGAAAAGAUUGCAGCAGUUUGGAGUGGCUGGACCCACCUGGUGGCACAGACAGGAGAUGGCAAGGUGUUCACCUGGGGCAGAGUGGACUACGGGCAGCUUGGAAGGCACGCGGUGGUUCCCAGUGGGCAGCAGAGCACAGCAUCUGAACAGUGCUUGGAGCUGUGUAACACCCCUGUUUCAGUUCCUUGCCUAAAUGGAGCAUCUCAGAUUGCAUGUGGCUCAGAGCAUAAUCUGGCAAUAGUUGGUGGCCAGUGCUUCUCUUGGGGAUGGAAUGAACACGGGAUGUGUGGUGAUGGCACAGAAGCAAACAUUUGUGUACCAAAAGCAGUCAAAGCUCUUGGCUGUGCAAAACAGAUCUUAAUUGGAUGUGGGGCAGGACACUCCAUGGCCCUCUGUCAAACUCCUCACUAGACCCCUGGAAUCAUGACAUCAUGGAUGUGGAUGGACACCUUUGGAUUGUGUAGCUCAAAGGCACUAGAGGGGAACUGCCCAUAAUUAACACAAUAGUUGGAAACUGCAGGUAUUUUUCCUAAAUCCCAAAGGACCACUAUGCAUAAAAAGCUGUAAUAUUUUAAAAAUUGUUUCCUGGGUUCUUGCCACAGGAAUUGACUUUCUUAGCCACGGAUGGAAUUACAGACAUUCUACCUUGAUGCAAUGCAACUGAAGACAGAUUUACAUUUUCUUGUUCUUCUGAGAAGUCUUUGAGGAAGAAACUGACUGCUUAAUGGCUUCCUGGUGUAUAAAUUCAGUCUGAAGAAAUGGUCUGAGAUUGGUGGUUUUUGUUAACAUCAUGAAAUGUUGCACCUGCCAACUUUUACUGCGGUUGUGAGCUCCCAGCAGCUCAGAAAAUUGUGUCACAAAGACAUGCCAGGGAACAUAACUAGAUGCAUACACACUUUUUAAGCAGAAUAUUAGGAUUAAAAGAAAAGAAGCAAUAUAAUUUAGAAGGCUGGCAAAAGGGGAAAAUGAGGCUCUUUUGAACUAGCUUUGUCUUGAUUAAACUGUGAAAGGAGCAGUGUUUUUCAUCUAUUAUGUUCAUCAGUUCAUUAUAGAUUUGCAGGGAUGCAGACCUGCAUAAGUUAUCAUUAACUUCCAAACCAAAGCUGAAGUUUCUGAAGCUACUGCUUAGGGAAGGAAAACUUCUAAGAGCUCUUAGAAUCAAUCAAAAGGUUCCUAUCAAAGGGCAGAAGUCCAUUGUAGCUGUUGAGGACAGAUUAAUCCAAAGUAGCUCUUGUGUUCCAUCUGCCUUAGAAUAGGAAGACAUCAAAAUCUAACCAGAAAGAUUUUACAAGUUCUCCAGCCUAAAAGGCUGACCAGAAUGCUCCUGACAAGUUCAGGUAAGUUCUCACUUCUG